AUGCCUGCUCUCCCUCUCACGCCGCCGCUCACGCUCCCGUCGCCCCCUCGCACCGCCUGCUCUCCCUCUCACGUCGCCGCUCACGCUCCCGCCGCUUGCCACCUGCCGCCGCCCCCCUCUCCUACCCCUGCUGCUCCCUCUCACGCCGCCGCUCACGCUCCCGCCGCCCCGCUCCCCCUCCCGUCACCUGCCGCCUGCCACCACCCCCCUCUCCUACUCCCUGCUGCCACCUCCGGCCGUCAACACUACCUCGCCACCUCCGGCCGUCAUGCCCGCUCGCGCCACCUGCUCAGCUCCCACCGCCCGCUCCUGCUCCACCUCCUCAACACUGCCUCGCUGUUGAUACGAGACCGCCCAGAUCGACGACCUCGGCUCGCUCCGAUCAAAGGUUAA